AUGCCUGCCAAGCUUCUGCAGAACCUUCCUCGUGUCAUCUCUAAGAUCCUCAAGGAGCAGUCCAAGCAAAGUCAGUUCCUCCGUGAAAAGUUUGCUGUCGCAAGCAAGCAGACCAAUCACAACAAAGUGAGUCACCAUGCCAAGCUCACCAAGCCAUGGAGCAAGCGAAAUCCUGAAGUAUACGACAAGCACCACAAUAUGGACUUCGAAUACAAUUGA